GAAUGGGAAACACAAAUAUCAGCUUGAUCCAAAACUUCCGUGCCCAUAACAAGUUUUCAUGUGGUCAAGACCAUUUGAGAUUUAGAACUGCAUCAAAUGAGCUGAUAAAAUGGAUGGACGGCGGGGAUAAAAACCGAUACAUCAAGGUGGGCCCUACUGAGUCGGGUCACCAGGAAUAUCCCUUGUGACGCAAUCCGCGUCCCAGUCAAUGAUACAUGGCACAGAUAUCGAUCUAAUGGUACCCACCGUGUGGACGGUAAAAGGUCCAAAUUCAGCCAAAAAAAAAAAAAACUCUCGUUAUUAACUUACUAUUAAUCGGAGCUCAGCGUCACCCAAUGAAUCUGUGCUUCAUCUACAGUGGGGCCUACGAUUUGGACGGUUUGGAUCGAGAUACAUAUACAACAUGUACAUUGGAAGUGUGCAUGAGCAUGGAUGGUCAUACUCCGCACUGCAAAUGAGAAAAACCCUGCCAACGAUUCCCCCUCACCCCGCGCCAAUAUCCAGACCACAGACCGUUGAAGGGCACUCCGGGACUGUCCGAGGUUACCGUUAUACCGGCCUGGAUUUUCAUAAAAUGACAGAAAUACCCUCCAUUCUCAGUCGGAAGUUUUUAGAUAUGACGCCCUCUGUCCUUGGCUCUGUGCUGAGCGAAUGCUCCAAGUCACUGCAUCCUUUCAAUUUCGGCCGUUCGAUCCACGCCUUGAUUCUAAAACGGAAAUCGCUGCAUCUGGAUCUGUACUUGCAGAACCAUCUGAUCAAUUUCUACGCGAAAUGCAAGAGAAUGGCGUGUGCGCAACGGGUGUUCGAUGAAAUUCCCGUGAGGAAUAUGGUUUCUUGGACCGCGCUCAUUUCGGGCUACGACCAAUGUGGGAGAGCUGACCAGGCUUUGGAAGUCUUCUCCACCAUGAUUUCUAAAGACCCGUCUUCUCGUCCGAAUGAAUUCACCUAUGCAAGUGCUGUCAGCGCGUGCACUAGGCUAGAGUGCUUGGCUCAAGGAAUGCAGGUCCAUAGCCAUGCACUUCAGAGGGGCAUUGUAGCCCAUGUCCUAGUCUCCAAUGUACUCAUCUCUCUGUACAUGUCCAGCGGUUGCGUCACAGAAGCAGAACUAAUUUUUAAAGAAAUCCCUAACCCAGAUCCAGUUUCGUGGAACUCUCUCAUUUCAGGUCUCUCACAGAAUGGAUUCUUUCAAACUGCACUUGAACGAUUUCAGAGAAUGAGAGAGUUGGAUGUGAGAAUAACCUCUUUCGUUCUCCCUGCUGCCAUCGUGGCCUGUUUGGAGGACGAGAUGAAUGGGAAAGGGAUCCAUGGACUUGCAAUUAAGAUGGGAUUGGAUUUGGGUUGUUUUACAGGAAGUGCUCUAAUAAGAAUAUAUUCUGAAUUCAAGAACAUGGGAGACGCAUUUGCAGUAUUCCAAAUGUUGGGUUUCAAAGAUGUUGCUUCGUGGAACUCUUUGAUCGAAGGGUACAGCAGAAGCAGUCAGGGAGAAAGAGGUCUGCAGCUUUUCAGUGCUUUUAUGGAAUCAGGGCUAAAAGCAGAUGAAAUUACCAUGAUCAGCGUCAUAGGUAUCUGCACUAGUUUGGUCAUGCUUGAUUAUGGUAGGCAAUUGCACUGUCUGAGUGCAAAAACCGGCCUCAAUGAAGGAAUCUGUGUCGAGAACUCCAUGAUCGAUAUGUAUGCAAAAUGUGGAAGUUUAGAAGAUGGGAUUAUGAUCUUUAGACAAAUGAAAGAGAGGAGUGUCAUUUCAUGGACAGUGAUGAUGGGAGGACUGGGGCAUCAUGGAAGAGCCAACGACGUUUUACAGCUGUUUGAAGAGAUGAAGAGAGAGGGGAUGAAGCCUAACAAGGUCACAUACACAUGCGUUUUAUCCGCGUGUGGGCAUAGCAGGCUUGUCAAUCUUGGGCAGAGCGUGUUUGAGUCAAUGGAGAUUGAACCCGAAGUGGACCAUUAUGCAUGCAUGGUGCACCUUUUAGCAGGAGGAGGAAGACUUGAGGAAGCUGCGGCAUUCAUUAGAAGCUCACCCGUGGAGUAUGGAGAGGUGUUGUGGCAGAGCUUUCUUGUUGCUUGUAAGAAUUUGGGUGAGUGGGAGAGAGGAAUGGGGGUUGCAGAGAAGAUCUUGCGAGCGGGCCCGCCAGCUGAUUCACCCACGUUGGUGCUUUUGUCACACGUAUUUGCAGCUACAGGGAGAUGGGAGGAGGUGGGGAAGUUGAGGAAAGAGAUGAAGGAGAGACAGAUGAAAAAAGAGCCUGGGUGCAGCUGGAUUGAAGUCGAUGGUGAAGUCCAGAUCUUUGGAAUGAAGAAACAAGUACGAGGUUGCAUUUCCACAGACCCUGUUUGACUCCAAGGAUGUCCCAGCAGCCCUAACCUUUGGUGCCUACCAAGAGAUGAAGAAAUCCCUUCAAAUCUAAGCAACUGGAAAAGGUAGCAAAUAUUUCCUUACAUGAGAUGGGACUCCUUUUAGGAGUGGAAUUUUAGUCCCAGAUGUAUUCACAGACAAUGGAGAAAAAGGCAAGAGAGCUUAACAAGGGAAAAGAGAUAAAGGGGCAGAGGAAAAAUUGAGAACUAUGUCGAUGAUUUGAAGAUGGCCAUUGCCAAUGUCAAUGGUUGAGAUGAUGGAAUGACAGUGAGGUUGCUCACAAAGGCCCAUCUUGUACAGUAGAUGAACUAAGAUGAGGAAGAAAUGAAUGUGGAAAGCUCCAUUUACUGUUAAAAUGAGUUGAGAAGAAACAAAGGAACAAGUACCUCCAUUGCAAGCUUGAAUCUCCCACUCAAAGUGGGGUUUUUCUUUUGGAAUUUAUUACUUUUAUUCAAUUCUCAUAUACAACUGAGAUCCAGUUGUUUGUUGUGGAACCAGUAUGGUUUGCAUAAUUUGUAUUGGAUAUAGAAUAUAAUUUAUUAAAUUAUUGAUUAUGUGAAGUGUAACUGUAUUCACAAUUGUAA